UUUUAUCCAAUGUGAGCAUGAGCACUUCUUGGAAAACAGAGGCUCAGUAAUAUUCCGUCCAGUAAUAUUAUACACGGGCAGGUUCUCCGGUUCCCAUUCCGUCUGGCUCAACGAGUUCAACAAAGAAGCGGCCAAAGCCUCGCCGGGACGGAACCAUCGUCUCCCACCAUCCCCUGCCUUCCUCACAGGCGCCCAUAUUGGUCUCCUCCAUUAACAGCAGCAAGAAGAAAACGACGACCCCUGCUGGAAGGUCUCCGAUUCUGAGAAUGGCUCAAAACCCAGUGACUAAGCAGCAGAAGGUUGUGAUACCGAACAAGCACGGAGAGAAGCUCGUGGGCGUGCUGCACGAGACGGGGUCCAAAGAGAUCGUGAUCCAGUGCCAUGGAUUCACCUCUAACAAGGAUAAUGGAACUAUGGUAAACCUCGCUGUUGCGCUGGAGAAGGAAGGAGUCACGGCAUUCCGCUUUGACUUUGCUGGGAAUGGGGAGAGUGAAGGAACUUUUGAAUUUGGUAAUUAUUGGAGAGAAGCCGAAGAUUUGCGAUCGGUUGUUGAACACUUUAAGGCAGAGAAUCGUGUUAUACCUGCAGUUCUCGGACACAGUAAAGGAGGUAGUGUCGUACUACUCUAUGCUUCUAAGUACCACGAUAUUGGAGCUGUUGUGAAUAUAUCGGGGCGGUACAAUAUCGAAGGAGGUGUGAAAGAACGUCUAGGAGAAGAUUACAUGGAGGGACUGAAGAAGGAUGGUUUCAUUGAUGUCAAGAACAAAUCAGGAACUGUGCUCUAUCGUGUGACAAUGGAAAGCGUGAUGGAUCGCUUGAACACAAAUAUGCAUGAAGCGUGCCUUCAGAUCGACAAGAAUUGCAGGGUCUUGACUGUUCACGGAACCAAGGAUGAGAUCAAUCCAGUGGGAGACGCAAUAGAGUUCUCGAAAAUAAUACCAAAUCAUGAGCUCCACACAAUUGAAGGAGCCAAUCACGUGUACUCCUCACUUCAAACUGAGCUGGCCACGGCCGUCCUAAGAUUCAUCAAGUCCACUCUUCAGGAUAACAAAGACAAAUAAACUAUGAACAGGCACCUGCGAUGAAUUUGGAAGAGCGCUGGACAUAGCUUAAAGUCCAUUUCAAAGUCGGAAGCCGAUGAUAUAUUUGCAAAUGACAGCCAUAUUAUUUCAACUUGAGUCCUGUAUUUCAAAUUCUAUUGAGAACUUAGCACUUUGAUUUUGUGGGUAGAUGAUGGUUAUUUUGGUAGUUAUCUCUAUGAAAGUGGUCGGUUAUUGUACCGAACCGCAUUAACUGUCUGGAGACUUAGCUUACAACCUGCGGAGGAUUAAACCGUUUCUGUUCACGGCAUUGAAAUAUAAGAUUUCUGUUCUGGUUGGGCUGCCUCAUAGCAGUCCCGAUUCUUGGCAUCUGAUUUCUCUGAUGCACAACUGAGCGCUUGAUCCUUGGGCUUCAGUUGGAAUAUUAUUACCGUUUUUCAGACAA